AACGAAAAAAAAGGCCGCCCGACGGACGCGAUCUUUAAAGCCAAGCACCUCAGGGUGAAGUUUUUCUCCUAAAAUUUGACGGCAUUUGCACGUGUCAACGCGCAAUUUGCGACGUCAGCUCCCGCGUGAAGACCUCCCGCACGUCCAUACAUUGUGCACGGACUAAAGAAGACUUCCUCUCGUCUUCGAGUCUCUUCCUGCGCGGCCUCGCCCCCUGCAACGGUUUUAACCACCCACGUAAUAAAAUGACGGUCUUGCCCUCAUCAGAUCGUAAAUACCGACGGAGUCCCCGAACCCCCCUCCUCCCUCAAAAGCACGGGAACCAAUUAUUCGAGGCUCACGAGUCCGGCUUCGAUGGCGCGUCGAUUUCAGGAGCCGUAUUCAACCUCUCUACCACCGUCGUCGGAGCCGGAAUCAUGGCUCUCCCAGCCACCGUCAAUCAACUGGGCCUAAUCCCUGGUCUAAUCACGAUCAUUUUCGUCUCUAUGUUAACGGAAUCAUCCAUCGAUAUGAUUCUCAAAUUCAGCCGAGCCUCCAAGAGCGCCACGUAUGCAGGCGUCGCCGCCGACGCUUUCGGUGGACCCGGCCGAACCCUCCUUCAAGCCUGCAUCGUCAUCAACAACUUGGGCAUGCUUGUCGUCUACAUGAUCAUCAUAGGUGAUGUGUUGUCCGGAACAUGGGCGGAUGGGGUCCACCACAGGGGAGUGAUGGAAGAAUGGUUCGGUGAAAAUUGGUGGACCACGCGUUCGGCUUUGCUCUUGUUCACCACAGUUUUCGUUUUUGCUCCUCUUAUUUCUUUCAAGCGCGUUGAUUCAUUGAGAUACACGUCGGCGUUGUCAGUUGGUUUGGCGGUUGUGUUUGUGGCAAUAACAGCAGGAGUUGCAAUUGUUAAGUUGAUGGAAGGGAAAAUUGGAAUGCCUCGUCUAAUGCCAAAACUUGUUAAUCAGGCGUCGUUUUGGAAGCUUUUCACCACUGUUCCUGUUUUAGUUACUGCUUAUAUAUGCCACCAUAACAUACUCCCAAUAGAGAAUGAACUGAAAGACCCUACCCAGAUGAAGUCAAUAGUUCGAAAGUCCCUCACAUUAUGCUCAUCUGUCUACAUUGCUACUAGCUUCUUUGGAGUCCUACUUUUUGGGGAUCAUACUUUGGAUGAUGUGCUUGCUAAUUUUGAUGGUGAUCUUGGAAUUCCAUAUAGCUCAUUGCUCGAUGAUAUAAUCAGGGUGAGCUAUGGCCUUCACCUGAUGCUUGUUUUCCCGAUUGUGUUUUUCUCCCUUCGUCUCAAUGUAGAUGGUCUUUUGUUUCCAUAUGCUGUUCCUUUUGCUUUUGACAACCGGAGGUUCUUCUCAGUAACAGUAGCUCUUAUGGGUUUUAUCUUUAUGGGAGCCAACUUUGUUCCUAGUAUCUGGGAUGCCUUCCAGUUCACUGGUGCAACUGCUGCGGUUUGUGUUGGUUAUAUCUUUCCAGCUGCUAUCACCCUCAAGGACACCCAUGGAAUUGCAACAAAGAAUGAUAGACUAAUAUCAUGGAUUAUGAUCUUUCUUGCGGUCUCAACAAGCACAGUGGCUGUGACUAGUGACAUUUACAGCUUUUUUAGUGUUGAUGAAGGAGUUAUAACCUGAUUUUAAGGGAGGGUCCAUAUCUGGUUUUCUAGGUGUAUUAACGUGGUUGGAAACUAAAGGCAAUUGGCAAGGGAACAUCUGGGUUUCUUUCAUGCAGUUUAUCCUCAAAGCUGACAUGAUGAAUAGGGAGUCUGUUAUCUUUAUCAACAUAUGAGCAAUAAGCGGUGGAAAGAUGGAUGUUCCAGCUUCUCACGAGGUUUGGACAACUUUUUUGUAAAAGUGUGCAGGUGAUGUAGCUUUUAGAUCUUGAUUCUUUGAGAGAGUACACAGAUCGGAGAAUUCUGAAUAUUUCGGAAUACUCAAAAUAAAAUUGUAGUGUACUUAAAUAACUCAUUUUUGGUGUCUUCUUAUAACAUGUAGUGCCUAAUUUGUUCAUUCUUAUGGCAUGAAACAUUCUAGGGUGAUAAAGUACCUAGUUGAAAACAAGUUUAACAGUAACAGUGCUUGUUUUUUGGAUGGGAUUUUAAAGCAUCAUACUGAAAAGUUGUACUAGUGACAGCUUAUAAUCUCUUUUCUUUUUCUCCUAGUUAAA